AUGGUUUUGAUUGAAAAUCAGCUUCCCUUGUUCGUGCUUGAGGGUUUGUUUACGCAGAUUGGAGGAACUCUAGAUGUUUCCUUUCCCGACCUUACACAUGAGUUCUUCAAGCAGUUGGUGAAAAUUCAAAAGUUUCCUGGCCAUGUUGUCUGUCAUGAAGUGAAACAUUUUGUUGAUUUUGUACGGCACUUCUACUACUUGCCCUCACUUCCACUUGACGAGGAGCAGCGAGAAGAUAACAACAAUGUUGUUUGCGAAUGCCCCAGUGUGACAACGCUUGACGAGGCUGGAAUUAAGUUUGUGACCAAGACAUGCACCUCAUCAUCAUUCCUUGACAUACAAUUCACAGAUGGCGUUUUGCGGAUUCCUGGGUUUGCAAUAGAUGACUGGACAACAACUCUAUUCUUGAAUCUCAUCGCCUUCGAGCAGUGCCACGAACACGCUGUGAAGUACAUCUCCCAUUAUAUUAUUUUUCUUAUGAGGUGCAUGAUCAGAACUUCAAAAGACGUGGAUUUACUCGUCCAGAACAAAAUUAUAUCCAGCAGGCCAGGCAGUAGCAGAGAUCUGUUAACUCUGCUUGACCACAUUGGAAAAGAUGUUGGCUUGGGUGAGACAAAUUGUUACUUUAGUCUCUGUAAAAAUUUGAAUGCAUAUGUGACCCAGAAAAAUGAAGAAACAAGAAAUCAAUGCAUACCCUCGGCAGAAGAGGUGGACAACAACUCUCAAGAGCAACUAUUUCCAAACUCUGUGGAGGAUUAUGUCUACUAUUGCAAUAUACUCAUCAUGCUCACCUUCAUUUAUAAGCUCAGUUAA